AUGCCCUUGCAUCCCCAAGCUCCUCAUGCUUACCCAGUUCCCCCAAGUAACCCAGGUCCCCAGAGUUCCUCAUUCCCUCAGUUCCGCCUCGUCACUCCAACUCGUCAAUUUUGCCCAGCACUCCCAACUUUCUCAGGCCCCUCGGCACUCCAAAGGCCUGUCUUUCCUCCAUACCACUUCUUUCCCUCACCAAAAUGCACAGUUACCCCACCCUUCACAAAUCCAAGGCCUUCAGGCAUCCCAGGCCCUCAAGAGCUCCCAGCCUUCACAGGCCCUGUAAAGCUCAAGAAGCUGCGGCAGCAGCGCACUGCAUACACACCGGAGCAGAAGUGCAAGCUAGAGGACCUGUUUGCCAGGACGAAGAACCCGACGCUGGAGCAGAUGGAAGAGCUGGAGAAAAAGCUGAAGGUGUCCAAGAAAACAUUAAAGGUGUGGUUUAAGAAUCGGAGGGCCAAGUCCCGGCGGGAGCAGCUUGGAAGACAGCAACAGUCUGGGGCUCAAGGCCCCCAGGAGCAACCUGCUCCUGGUCAGGCCUCUGACUCUGGCCCCAGCUCCAGCUCUGGCCAAGGCCAGCAUCCUGCUCUGGUGCAGGCCCCUACAGAUGCGACCCCCGUGCUCCCAGUGUCUGCAACUUUCCAGGUCCCUGCACCCGGCCCUUCCAGUGCUUUCCUGGCAGAGGAGCCCACCUUCUCCACCUUCUGUGACUACAACCAGGCCUUGGGACAGCCCAGAAACCACAGACAGCAGGGGACCCAGGAUGCUGCCACCCCAGCCCCAGCCCCAGCCAAUCCCCAAGACCCAGAUGAGCUGCAAGACCCUACAAUCUCCGAGCUCUUGUUAGAGUCAGUGUUGCGGCCCAACACACUCCCAUUUCUCCAGAGCUCAGACUCCCCCAAGGACCUUGAAGAACUUGAAAACUUUUUCCAGAAUCUUGCCAACAAGGAACCAGGUGCCUCCAAGUGA